AUGGCGAGCACCCGGGAGGGCCUCGAGACCACGAGGAGAAAGCUCACGACCUAUGGCAAGACGUCGAGUAAACGACCUCGAAGCACCUUUUUGCUUAACGACGCUCGCCUUAACGGCGAUCUCAGCAUUCGUUCAUCACAAUCGGCAUCUCGCACCGCGAAACCUCAAAUUUCAAGCAACGCUUCGCCGUCCGUCCAGAAUCCUGGAGAGGUUGUUGAUGGAGACGAUGGUAGAGUAGCGAAAAAGAGGAAAACGCCUCCCGCAAGGGAAUCAGUACCUGCAAGCUCUAGGAGGAACCCGUCUCUCGAAUCUUCCAAUACCAUGCGAAAUAUACAUACAGAUGCGAUAACGUCAAUCCCGAGCCGGCAAACUUCCGACUUGAAUCGUAAAGGCGGCCCCUCAAUGGUCGCAGUACGCAAGCCACCACAGGAAGACUCAUCGGGCGGCGCCACUCCCAUACCCGCCAAGGCCACAACUCCACGCCGUCCGCAACUCACCGAGUAUGAUACGAAACGGCCUCCGAUUUUGACUAGAAAAAGCAUAUUGCCGUCUCGCUCGAUUCCGCCGGACUCCAGGCAAGAGAAGCCAGAGACGGUGGCCCCCAAGUCAACGAAAGUCCGUCUGAUUGAUCAGUUGGCGGCGCAAGAGGCUGAAAGUUCGGAAUCGGAAAUGGAGCCUGAAGCCGAUAGCCAGUCGUCCGUCGAUAAGAAACCUCGAUCCCAACCCGAAUUACUGACAUUAAACGACACCCCAUCGACGCCCCGGAAGAGUGGGGAUCAAACGUCCAAGUCCGGCUCGCAGUCCGCACAAAGCUUGAAGAGACGGAAGCUGAGGGCUACCUAUGGACAGCAACGGACGAUUCGAGAGGAUAUUGAUGAAAAUGCCGGGGGCAUCGGAGAACGCGAUCUUGCCGAUUCAGGACCCAGUCAGCACGGGCUGACACCCCCGGCUAAGCUGGCCAAAUUCGAUUCUUUCGCAUUCGAUGAAGAAGAAUUCGACGAGGAAACUCGACCGAAGGGUGGCAUUCUCGGCCUUCAUGCGCUACGUCAAGCAGGCGCGAACCAUCGCUUCGCAGAUGAAUUGAGCGACUUGUUUGAACGCAUUGGCAGCCCCCAGCCCGGCCAGAACCAGCUCGGCCGUGCCAGGCGUUCGGCUCUCCUCGAACUAGGACGCAAGCUCCACGAUAAGAAGUUUGUUAUUCGUUUCUCCAGUUACGGAUCCAAGGAGACGCUAUUUCGAGGCAUAGGGGCCGAAAACGAUGUGAUUAAUGGUUUCAUAUUGCAGUCGGCGCUCCUAGUCUUGCUGGCUAAUUCUUCAGCACCACAUCUCCUUGACCAGUUGCACGACGACGGCAUUCCGGAACUCUUUGCUAGCCAGCUCAAACUUGACGACGAUAUCAGCAGUAUUUCUCGCGAGAAGUCGAGUAACCUUUCCAGGAACGGGAGGACAUCGUUAAGUGUUCUGCGGUCUGCCUUGAUGCAACUCGAAGUCUGGGAUGCAAAGCCGCCCACCCAGCUGUCGCCAAAGACCAUUGCCCUGAAAGUGCUUGCUUUAUCAUGCAGAAACGUCUCAAUGGCCAGCCGGAAAAUCAUUGAGCGCUUGGAGCCCCAGUUGUUCACAGUAGUGGCGGAAGGUCACGACCGGCCUCAAUCUGAGAAUGACCAUGACGAGGACAUUUCGAAGAACGUUGCAAUGGUCCUCUCCCUGCUUCAGGACCACUCCAUUGCGGCUAUGGAGUCAGAAUCACGCACUCGGUGGAAUACCGAAUACUUACCUCUUGUUGCUCCCAUCUUAUCAACGAUACUGGACCUCCCUCUGGCACAAUUCGGGGAUAUUGGGUCGUCAGCACUCCAUCUCGCGCUCAACACAACAAACAACAAUGCGGCAUCAGCGGUUGUGUUUGGUACCGGCGCAUUAGUGCGAAAACUUGCGAAUGCAAGUUUGGCCUGCUUCAAGGAAUUACAAGCAUCAGUCGAGCGGGGAAGGUUCUCGACAGAGGUACACGGGACUCUAGUGCUGCUUCUAGGAGUUCUGAUCAACGUCUCGGAGCACUGCCCCUUGACGCCGGAAUCCUUGGGCGACGAGUUCAACCGCGAAACCUCGCCGCUAGACACGUUAAUUUCGGUCUACCUAGAGAACCACGAGUUGAGCGGAAGCGCCGACUCGGUUGAACAGACAUCCCUGGCUGUGACUUAUGGAUACCUCGCUAUCCUCCUGGGGUACCUCUGCUUGAAUUCCGCUUUCCGACAAAGGAUGGAAGCGAAGAGCCAAGGCGAAGGGAUCAAAUAUCUCCUGACGUCGAUUCGGGAGUUUCUGGCUCUACACGAGAAAGCCGCAAUGGAUGAUAUGACGACCAGCUUGCAGGGUCUCAUCAACGAUCUCCAGCUUAUGGCCAAGACAUCUGGAUAG